AUGCUACAGUCCCUCUUCUUAGGAAGGUCUCCCGAGAUGCAAAAGGUCAGCGGCAGUGUACCACGAGAGUACCUCGACUCGUAUGAGGAGUUGGAAGAGUGGAAGCCCUAUUACGAUCCUAUGACCCAGCCCUUUGAGAUCAGCUUACCGGUUUAUCAACCGCGACCUUCUUAUGCCCUGAGCACCUUCACAAGCCUACUCCGGCUGUGCGAUAUCAUGGGUCGAGUGAUCAAAGCGUUUUACUCGGCCAGCAGUAUCCAGAUCGGGAAGGAGGUUCUAUUGAAAGAAAGAGAAACAAUUCGAAAUAUGCUUGUGGCUUGGCAAGAUGAGUUACCGUCAUGGUUACGAUUCAGGCCCGGCGUUGACGAGACGCCUCCACCACACCAAAUUACUCCUCAUGCAAUAUUCUCAACCUUAGUCAUCUUGACCGAGCAAGCGUUCCUCAACCGCGGCCACUUCUCGUUUUCGUUGGAACAGGAAGCCCAAAACGAAACCAGAGAGAGAUGCAUACAAGCAGCGCUUCACAUCUGGCAACUCGUGGAAGCAUACAAGAAAGCCUUCACUCUAAGACGUGCUCAAUACGGCAUCUCGUAUGCCAGCUAUUGCGCUGUUGUCGUCAUCCUUCAACAGACCGACCACGAUUCGGAUGAGUACAUCGACUGCAUCCGCUUCUUUUGGCGUGCACUCUUGGAAUAUCAGAAAGGCUGUAACUAUGGCCUACAAAAACCAUUAAAGUUGCUGAAAUCCUUGAUGCGUAGGCUGGAAAAUGUGUCGCAAAAUAUCAACAUGGACGAAACGGAGACUGAGACCUGGCAGGGUGUUGGAAGCUUUCAAGCCGAGCUUGACUCGAUAUUGGGAUCGGAUAUGCAUACGCAAGGCACCAUCAACGAGUGGAACGGAGCUGCAUGGGACUUCGCUCCCAAUAACGGCCCUCUUGGGUACGACACUAUGUUUGGCGUUGCGACUGACAGCAUAUUUGGGUUUUGUAUGUAA